CUGCUUACCGCCUUAAACUUGCUGGGUGAGCUGGAUGGUCGUCUGAAGAAGUGGGCAGCCUAUAUAGUCAAAAAUUUCGUCCAGCCCAUUGUAGAUAGCGCUGAUGGAAUAGAUCCUUACGAGCGAUAUGUUGUAACGAAUAGGACUGCAGAGUUCACCGCAAGCAGCAAAAUCAGGCCCACAAUCAAGGCGAUUUCGGUUGAGGGGGUAGUUAGUGCCCUCCUACGCCUGUUUUCCAACAUUGCAACAGCAAUAGAUUGUAUUCAAGUAAACGGCAGACCACUUCCGCUCUGUCUUGGUCAUUUCAUCCAAGAUGACCUUAUGGCCAUGUUUUUGAAGCAGUGUGUAGCUGCUUCCAUACCGGUUCCUGAUCCAGAUGGAUCAAAACUAAACGAUGCAAUGAUAGUCGCUGAGAAAUUUCGCGACGAUAUGAUAGCCCUUGGUUUCUUCAAUGAUGCCACCCCCACUUUCAAAACCUUUUCUGAACAACAUUUCACUGUAUUUAUCGAUCGUAGAUGUUUGGAAGUGAUAAGGAGGGCUAAGGAGUUGAUUUGUAUGCCAUACUUGGAGCUGGUCGAAGUUGGAAGUGGUGAAGAAGUUAGUGAAGAAACUAUUCUUCAAUAUAAAGAGGCAUUUGGGAAAGUUUUACCAAAGUCGUCUACAUCUUGUGAUAGCGUAUAUCCUGUAUUGCUUCAGCUUCCUCGGUGCAAAGUCAGCAAAUCUACUGUAGAUCUGAUGGAGUUAGUUUUUGCUACCUUCGAAGAUGCACUUAACACGGAUAAUGAGAAGUUAUCCGGUCGCUUAGCAUUAACUGCUCGAAAUGUGCUGCAGUUGUUUGAACUAACUGCUCCAAGACAUCAUGGAACUGCGAUUUCUUCAAUGCCACAGAUGGCUGCUAUAUUUUACAACAACUGCUAUUACAUCUGUCAUAGACUUAUGAUGAUGCCAUUUGGUAUAUUGAAAAAUGUGGAGAAAAGUUCACCGAAGUUUGCCAGCUUCCGUCCAAUUCUUUCUGAUUCGAUUUGGAAGUUGAGAGAAAUUGCUGCAGAUAUGAUGGAGCAGAUGAUGCGUCAGUGCAGGCGCGAUAUUAGCGUUUUGAUGAACAAAGAUGAUUUGUUUAUAAAAAUCGACGACCUUGAACGGUGCGAUGAGACUAAAGACGUGUUGAAUGCUUGCCUAAUGCAUGUGCAAAAUGUGUCCCAUCUUCUCAAAGAGGUUUUGGCUGAGAUGGUUUACUCACAGACGAUGGCUAACAUCGUUUCUUUCUUGUUGGAUAGUAUCUGCGACAUAAUCUUGAAGCGUGAGGACAUUCGCUCAGUUGAUGCGGACAUCUCAGCGAAAAUGAUCGAUACGUUACUGGAUCAAUUGGCUCCAGUUUUUAUGGUUAAUGGUCGUUCGUCAAUUCAUGAAGUGUGCUCUACAUCCUACUUCCGCACGAAGGAAAUAAUAUUCUGUUUAAAAGGAAGCUUACAAAGUAUCGAUGAUCGAUGGUGCAGCGCCAAAGGACCGUUGGCCCAAUGGUUGCAGGCAAGUGAAGUCCGAUCACUAAUCAAGGCGCUUUUUAUGAAUACAGAGCAGAGGCGGCAACUUUUGGAUUCGAUUUUCUAA